ACUCAUCGGUCAUCACUCCCCAAAAAGGGCCAAACGAGAGAAGAGGGUCAGAGACUCAGAGAAUCAAAUGCUUUUGUACAAAACAGCUCUUUUUCCUCUUUCGGUUUUGUUUCUGCCGGAUAAAAAUCUAAUGGAAGAAAAUUAGAAAUCAAAAGAGAAAGCUCUGUUGUUCAUUGUGUCCUAGGAAGAGAAAGGGAAUCUCUGAAUGAUUUCCUUUAUUUUCUCUCCACUCCUUCAACUUAUCUUCUUUAUUCACUUAUUAUAACUUACUUUGUUAGUAUUCUUACUUCUUACUUCCCCUAUCGGAUGCCACACUCUGCAACUUCUGCACACUCGUCUCAGUUAUUAUCAACAUUGUACGAGUUUUGCUGCAAGUUCCUUCUGUGCUGAGUUGAUCUCUCUCUCUCUCUCACACACACACACAUACACACACACCAUUUUAGUUGUGGGUGGAUGGUAGGUCUUUGUAGAUGGGUUCAGAGUGAUACAAAUUUAGUUAUUUUCGUUUCGAUAUCAACCUUGUUUAAUGGUUGUUUGCCAUUUACCUUUUGAGCUAUUUGGGUUGAACGUAACUGUCGACAAAGCUUGAUUCUAUAAAUUGGGAAAUAAAGGAAUCAACAAACUACUCUUCCUAUUUUCAAAUAUCCGGAGUGUUUUUUAUCUGUUGUGCAUAAUGGUUUCAAGGUCUUAUUCCAAUCUUUUGGAGCUUGCAUCUGGUGAUUCUCCAACCUUUGGAAAAGUAGGAAAGAGGCUCCCUAGAGUGAUGACUGUGGCUGGAAUAAUCUCUGAACUAGAUGAUGAGAACAGCAACAGUGCCAGCUCAGAUGCGCCAUCUUCUGUAACUCAGGAGAGGAUAAUCAUUGUUGGAAACCAGCUUCCAAUCCGGGCACACCGAAGAUCUGAUGGUGAUGGAGGAUGGAAUUUCAGCUGGGAUGAAGAUUCCCUCCUUUUGCAACUCAAGGAUGGGCUUGGAGAAGAUGUGGAAGUCAUCUACAUUGGGUGCUUGAGAGAGGAGAUUGAUCCAAGUGAACAGGAUGAUGUGGCACAGACAUUACUUGAGACCUUCAAGUGUGUCCCCACGUUUAUUCCUCCAGAUCUCUUCAGUAAAUUUUACCAUGGGUUCUGUAAACAGCAACUAUGGCCUCUAUUUCAUUACAUGCUUCCUCUCUCCCCUUAUCUUGGUGGUCGCUUUGAUCGAUCUCUUUGGCAAGCUUAUGUUUCUGUCAACAAGAUUUUUGCAGACAAGGUGAUGGAAGUCAUAAGCCCUGAUGAUGAUUAUGUAUGGGUUCAUGACUACCACUUAAUGGUGUUGCCAACGUUUUUGCGGAAGAGGUUUAACAGGGUAAAGCUUGGGUUCUUCCUCCAUAGUCCCUUCCCAUCAUCUGAGAUAUACCGGACACUUCCUGUUAGAGAUGAGCUUCUCCGAGCCCUCCUAAACUCUGACCUUAUUGGUUUUCAUACCUUUGAUUAUGCUAGGCACUUCCUUUCAUGCUGUAGUAGAAUGCUAGGCCUUACUUAUCAGUCUAAACGGGGUUACAUUGGGCUCGAAUACUAUGGCCGCACUGUCAGUAUUAAAAUUCUGCCCGUUGGGAUUCAUAUGGGCCAGCUUCGAUCUAUUAUGAAUCUUCCAGAGACGGAAGCUAAGGUUGCAGCAUUGAGGGAUCGGUUUAGGGGUCAAUUGGUGUUGCUUGGGGUGGAUGACAUGGACAUCUUCAAAGGAAUCAGCUUGAAACUGCUUGCCAUGGAACAGUUGCUCAUACAACAUCCUGAUUGGAGGGGGAAAGUUGUGUUGGUUCAGAUUGCAAACCCUGCCAGAGGCCGGGGGAAGGAUGUCCAGGAGGUCCAAUCUGAGACUUAUUCCACGGCAAAGAGGAUUAAUGAAACAUUUGGGAGGCCAGGAUACAAACCUGUGGUUCUGAUUGAUUCCCCACUUCAAUUCUAUGAAAGAAUUGCAUAUUAUGUAAUUUCUGAGUGUUGUCUUGUUACAGCAGUAAGAGAUGGAAUGAAUCUCAUACCUUAUGAAUAUAUUAUAAGCCGGCAAGGGAAUGAAAAACUAGAUGAGACUUUGCAACUGGAUUCAUCAGCUCCGAAGAAGAGCAUGCUAGUGGUGUCAGAGUUCAUUGGCUGUUCGCCAUCACUCAGUGGGGCUAUCCGUGUGAACCCAUGGAACAUUGAUGCUGUGGCUGAAGCUAUGGAUGCUGCUUUAAUGGUUCCUGAACCUGAGAAACAGUUACGACAUGAGAAACACUAUAGGUAUGUAAGUACACAUGAUGUCGGGUAUUGGGCACAGAGCUUUUUACAGGAUCUCCAAAGGGCAUGUUCAAACCAUCUGAGGAGGAGGUGCUGGGGUAUUGGUUUUGGUUUAGGGUUUAGAGUAAUUGCUCUUGACUACAGCUUCAGGAAGCUUUCAGUUGAGCAUAUAGUUUCUGCUUAUAAGAGAACCAAGAAUCGAGCAAUUCUCUUAGAUUAUGAUGGUACCAUGAUGCCACAGGCAUCCAUCAACAAAACACCAAAUCCUGAGUUAAUCUGCAUCUUGAACAGCUUGUGCAGAGACCCCAAGAAUGUGGUCUUCGUUGUUAGUGGAAGAGACAAGAAGACUCUUACUGAGUGGUUUUCUUCUUGUGAAAGGCUUGGUAUUGCAGCAGAGCAUGGUUACUUUCUGAGGUUAAAUCAUGAUGAAGAAUGGGAAACUUGUGUCUCUGUGGCGGAUUUUGACUGGAAGCAGAUAGCAGAACCUGUGAUGAAGUUAUACACUGAGACAACUGAUGGUUCUACCAUAGAGACCAAAGAGAGUGCACUCGUUUGGCAUUACCAGUAUGCUGAUCCAGAUUUUGGUUCAUGCCAGGCUAAGGAACUUCUCGAUCACCUUGAAAGUGUUCUUGCAAAUGAGCCAGUUUCUGUAAAGAGUGGCCAACACAUUGUAGAAGUAAAGCCUCAGGGUGUCACUAAGGGUGUUAUAGCUGAACGCCUCCUAGCAACAAUGCAACAAAAGGGGAUGCUUCCAGAUUUCAUACUGUGUAUUGGUGAUGAUCGAUCAGAUGAAGACAUGUUUGAGGUCAUCACCGGUGCCAUGACAGGCCCAUCCCUCUCUCCAGUGGCUGAAGUAUUUGCCUGCACUGUUGGUCAGAAGCCCAGUAAGGCCAAGUAUUAUUUGGAAGAUACAACAGAGAUAGUCAGAAUGUUGCAGGGCCUUGCCACUGCAUCGGAUCAGGCAGCAAUGAAUACUUCAUUAGUUUCUCAGUAAGUGAUUGUUGAUGGAAGACAUAUAGGGAGUUCCAGUGUUCUUAAGGUUUUAUGGGCAUUCCCUUCUAUUUCAGCAAUACUGUUUCAUUCCCUAUAUUGUGUAGGGUGAGGUUAUGCUGUCAAGAUCAUGGUUCAGCACUUCAUCUGGCAGAGCUCUGAAUCCUGAGAUCACGGGUUGGCUUCCUAUUUACUAUAAGAAUAUAAUUGUUAUAAAUGGGUAUUGUUGCAAUUGUAUAAUAUGUAUUAGUUGUAGACUAUGCAUUCAAUUUUCUUCUCCAUGGUUCAGAAUUGCAGUGUACAUAAGCAUUGACCAAAACCAGUGGUAUAUUUCUUCAUUAGGUAUUGGGCGGCCAAGGUUAAUCUGAUUUAGUUUUACUGCUAAUAAAUUUGGAACUUCUGAAUGCAA